AUGACGUCUUUCAUGGAAGAGUUUGAACAUCUUAAAAUCCAGCUUGAUGAGAUAAAAAGAGCCACCAAUAGUUUCCGUAACAGAGUUAUCGGAGCUGGUGGAUUUGGGGCCGUUUAUGAAGGAGAAGUGUCUCACUCUAGGGGGCGAAGCAUUGUUGCCAUUAAGCGUUUGAAUCGUCAAUUUGGGCAAGGAGACCCUGAGUUCUUGAAAGAGAUCAUGUUGCUUUCCAGAUAUACACAUGAAAAUCUUAUCUCUCUUCUAGGAUUUUGUGAUGAAGAAGAUGAGAAGGUCCUUAUAUAUGAACAUGCAUCAAAGGGAAGUCUAGAUAGGCACUUGAGUGAUCCUCAUCUUACGUGGGCACAGCGAAUCAAGAUAUGUCUGGGGGCUGCCAAGGGACUUUGUUACCUUCAUGAUCCUAAAGGAACACACCAACGAGUUAUUCAUUGUGAUAUAAAAAGUGCCAAUAUUCUUCUUGAUGAGAGUUUAACGGCUAAAGUUGCUGACUUUGGGCUAUCUAAAAUGGGCCCUGCUAAUCAGCCGUACUCAGUUCUUGUCACCGAUGCCUUGGGUACUAGAGGGUACUGUGACCCGCUAUAUAUGACGACGUACACCCUAACGAAAGAAUCAGAUGUAUACUCUUUCGGCGUCGUCUUAUUUGAAGUUCUAUGCGGGAGAUUGUGUUACCAAUAUAGCAAUGGUCAGGUUAAGGUUUUCGUGAAUAUGUGGAAAAAAAAGUACUCAGAGAAUCAGUUAAGUGAGAUUAUGUUUCAACAUCUUAAGCCACAACUGGACCAGGCUUCUUUAGAUUUAUUCUCAGAAGUUGCAUUUCAAUGUUUGCACGACUCUCGUGAGGACCGGCCAAUGAUGUCAGAAGUUGUGGAAAAAUUAGAGAAAGCACUUCAAUCUCUAGGGCUACCAGAGGUGUACAAGGAGAUACUAAAUGCUACCGUAUCUCCGCCGAGGUUUAGAUCUAUUGAUGACAUCUACGAGCUUUUCUCUAACGGGGUCUUCCUUAAUGAUGGAAGAACGUGGUUCUCAAGAAAUUACCACGGAGAACACUAUGUAUUGAUAUCCAUAGCAAAAUGUUUGAUUCCAACGGGUGAUCCUGAUUAUACGCGUGGUUGGGGUUCAAGAUUCAAAGUGGGCUGCUAUACAACAUCCAAAGCGGCAUUCAAAACACGUGCCAAAACUCAGUUCUUGUCACCAUUAGUUACAUACAGGGUGAACCUAGUUUUCAAAUUUGAAAGACGUAAUCAUUCGUACAAACAUGACUAUUUACGCCUUAAGUACACAUUAAAUGGGGAGAAAAAAGUUUCUAUUGUGCACAUUGCGAAUAAGAGAGAAGAUGAAUGGUUGAAGGCUAGCUUGUAUCAGUUUACUAGCCACGAGAGAACCGUUGAUCUUGAAUUUAACUUCGAUCAACAUGAUCAUUGUGGUGGUUUAGAGAUAGAAGGCAUCGAGUUUCAACCCUUGGAAAAGGUAGAAUUGGAACUUCAUCAAGUACUAGAGUUAAAGUAUGGAGAGAUACUGAAAGCUACGGCACAUCCUUUGAUCUUCGGAUCCGAAGUUGAACUAAAUGCCCUUCUCUCCAGAGGGGUACUGUUGAACGAGGGCAAAACGUGGUUUUCAAGAAAUGAUAGAGGUGUACACUAUGUAGUUCAAUCCUUGGAAGAAUGUUUGAUUCACGAGGCAGGAAAUAUUGUUCGCUAUAGGUCCGGCUACAACUCGAACAGAUUUCCAGCAGGCAAUUAUUCUAAAUACAACGGAAGAUUUAAAGCAUGUGUUAAAACUGAAUUCUUGACACCACUUAUGACUUACACAGUAAACCUCGUCUUCAAAUAUACAAAUGAAGUAUGGUUUGAUUACAAGUUAGACGGGGAGACGUGCAGUCACACCUCUCACUUGGCGUAUAAGAGAGAAGAUGACUUAAUGAGGGUUGAACUGUAUCACUUUACCAGUGACGGGACUACAGUUGAUCUAGAAAUUAUAUUUGAACAUAUUUCGGGUUAUAUACUAGUAGAGGCCAUUGAAUUUCAUCCCCUUGAAAACGAGGAACUUCAAGUGUUAGAGAAUGACCAUAAACAUGUGAAUUUGGAACCAAGAAUAUCGGAUCCAGAAGACGACACGUAUUGGAAAAACAAGUUGCCAACCGAUUAUAAAGACAUAAUCAAGUUUUCAGAACAGGGUUUGCAAUGGACAGGCAGCAAGGAACUCUACCAUAUUCUUUCUCAAGGGUUACUGAUCCACUACAAGCCACCUUUUUCUUUUUUCCAACGGCCUACUAAUCAUGGUCAACAGUGGUUUUGUCUUGACAAAAAUGGGAAGACAUGCCUAAUGCUACCAGCCAGAGCCGUUUGCAUGUUGGAAAGUACCAACGAGAGUGAGGGGAUAGUGUUACACGAGUGGAAGUCUCUACCCGAAUCCAGAUUUGGAGAAGGACUUGUGACCUCAUCUUCUAAUAGCAAUAAACAUAUUGUUAUAAAAGAAAACAAAAUCCGAUUAUUGUCACCUGAAACAAAAUACGCAUGUUACCUUGUCUACAAAAUUGAAAGAGGUGGAUGCACAUCUCCUAUGCGGGUGAGGUAUUAUCCUAGAGAUUGGGGAUCUUGGAAGUAUGGCUCUUAUAUCUAUUUAGUCAGUCCUCAAACUCCGGUUAUAAGACCAAAGGCCGGACAAAACACCCACAAUCCUCUUAUAAGACCCAGAUUAAAAGGAAUUCCACAACAAAGAAGCGAUGGAUGGAUGGAAGUACAAGUUUGGGAAUUUCAAACAGAUACUACGGCCAUGACAGUUAUUCCGAGUCUGUCUCUGGAUUACCAAGGCACGUAUCAUGAAGAUUAUCUUAAAGGGUUGAUCAUAAUCGGCAUCGAGUUCAAACCCAUAUAGAUCAUUGUGUUAAUUUUUUAGUUACCAUAAUUCAUACUGGACUUGUGUAUCGUAAGUGAAACCUGUGGGUUUUUAUUAGAGAUGCUUAAAAUAUCAUGUGGAUUUUGAGGUUUUACAAGA